AUCAACACUCAAUAAGGCGGGUCGCAGAGCGAGGGCCAGUAGGGUGCAUGGGCAUUUGUUGCUCCCCGUUCAUUGCAAUUUCAAAUCACUCCGUGGACCUACAUUGAUAUGUUUUUUUUCCUAGAAGCUUUGGGAUACGUGUGGACGCCUGGUGGACAGUGACAGUGACAGAUAUCCCCAACAGAGGACCAUGAGCACAGCCAUGUUGGGUCUGGUCAUCUCUGCUAUUGGCUUUGAGAAGGCCAAAGAAGAAAUGAAGAGCCAAGUGGAGCACGUGUCUGGCAUAUACUUAGCCGACUAUCACCUGGAUCAUACUCCCAAUGGUCAAGAAUGUGGGCAUCAAGGAGCACGAGCAAGGUAGGAUGCAAGGGUGGACUGUGUAUGGCACACAGACACGAAACCAAACAAAAUCUUUCCCUAGGUUCAGCUCACACUCCAACCCUCAUUAUUCAGUAAGUCAGUAGUGCUCAGCGGCAGACGAUGGGAAGAUGUAAACACACGGUGCCUUGUUCAUGUGUACUUCGGCAUCACAGCUUGCACGGUCCCAUCAGAUUCCCAUCUAGAACAAGUACAUCAUGACAUAGAAAACUGACACCGAGAACUACUUGCCGUGCAUUACCUCGUGAGAAUCAAACCAGAAAUCACAUUACAAUGGCAAUCUUCAGGACAGUGAGAAUGGUGUCUGUGUACCAGCGAGUGAGGGAUUUCCACAACAUGCUGCAGGGUCCGGGCUGUCGCUUACUUAGUUCAAUACAGCAAGAAAUAAUCAAUUACUCAUCAGUUGCUGUGAGGAAAAGAAGUGGCAGCUACCGUAUCUUCAGCGCACAUCCUUGGUAUUUGGGUAAAAGUGAAAGAUUUGGCAGGAAUUCGCAUUUGCAUACUUCCUGCAUCAAUAAUAGCAGCAAUACUCCUAAUGCCCCAAGAAAAUUAAAAGAAGGCCCUGGUCUAGAGCACUUCAUUGCUAACAGUGGUCUUCCUCAGCGAGCCUUAUCAGUGAGAGAACUGGAAAAGGUAUCUCAUCCUUAUGUGCAAGUGGAAGAUAUCAGCGGUAAUGGUCGCAAGGUGUAUUUUGAUGUUUAUGGUUGUCAGAUGAACGUUAGUGACACAGAGGUUGCUUGGUCCGUCCUAAAGGAGCAUGGGUAUGUACGUGCUACCCAACUAGAAAAGGCUGAUGUGGUGCUAGUGAUGACGUGUGCAAUAAGGGAAGGGGCUGAGGACAAGGUGUGGAACAAGUUGGAAUACCUGAGGGCGUUAAAGAAGAAGCGCUUGGGAAAGAAAAAUGUGCCUCCACUGAAAAUUGGUGUUCUAGGAUGUAUGGCUGAAAGGUUAAAGAAGAAACUGGUUGAGCAGGAGAAGAGUGUGGAUGUUGUGGCUGGUCCUGACAGCUACAGGGAUUUGCCAAGACUACUAGCUCUGGUUGACAAAGGUGAAGCAGCUGUCAAUGUAUUGCUGUCAUUGGAGGAGACAUAUGCAGAUAUUGUUCCAGUAAGCCUGACAACCAGUAGAAUGUCUGCUUUCAUCUCUGUCAUGCGGGGGUGUGACAACAUGUGCUCAUAUUGCAUUGUGCCUUUCACAAGAGGCAGGGAAAGGUCACGUGACAUUCAGUCCAUUCUUGAUGAAGUGCGGCACUUGUCAGACCAAGGGGUAAAAGAGAUUACUCUUUUAGGUCAGAAUGUUAACAGUUACAGAGAUGUAUCUGAAACAAGUCACCAGGGACUUUCACUCACCAAGAAUGAUGAGACAAAGUUGGUCAAGGGCUUCAAGACAGUUUACAAGCCCAAGAAAGGGGGACUAAGAUUUGCAGAUCUCUUGGACAGGGUUUCACAGAUCAACCCAGAAAUACGGAUAAGAUUUACAUCUCCCCAUCCAAAAGAUUUCCCAGAUGAAGUAUUGUAUCUGAUUAAAGAGAGGAACAAUAUAUGCAAACAAAUUCAUCUUCCAGCUCAGUCUGGUAACACAAGAAUUCUGGAAGUCAUGCGAAGAGGUUACACACGAGAAGCUUACAUUGAACUAGUUGCACAUAUUCGAUCCUUCAUCCCAAAUGUGGCACUGUCAUCAGAUUUCAUAUGUGGAUUCUGCUCAGAAACAGAAUCAGAGUUCCAAGAUACUUUGUCAUUAUUGGAAACUAUCAAGUAUAACUUUUGCUACCUCUUUCCAUACAGUUUAAGGGAAAAGACUCUGGCUCACCGCAAGCUUGUGGAUGAUGUUCCCCAGUCAGUGAAAGUGGAGCGUUUGAACAGGAUGGUGGAUGUGUUCCGUUCUGAAGCUACCAAAGUCAACAGAGUUCAGAUUGGACAGCAGCAGCUGGUCUUGGUUGAAGGGACCAGCAAGAGGUCAAAGCUACACCUUGUUGGAAGGAAUGAUGGCAACACAAGGGUUAUCUUCCCAAAUGUGGAAGUUGAAAAGGACGGCGGAGCAACAGACCAGAUCCAGCCCGGAGAUUAUGUUUCUGUGAUGAUCACAGAUUCAUCAUCUCAAGUUCUAAAAGGCAUACCUUUAAGACUGACUACACUUCAAACAGGUGCACUUGAAUUAAAUGAAGAGCAUUUCAUAUUUAAAAGAUCUGAAUCAUACUGAAUAAAAACAACAAAUAAACUUUAGAUUUUCAAUGAUACAUUGUUGGCAGAUACAUUUAAAAAUCUUGUACAUACAAUAAUCUAAUCUGUACUUUGCUACAUGAACAAAGCAAAAUAAAAAUUUGAAAUGUAUUUUA